AUGGCUACAGUGGCAGAAGCCUUACAGAAAAUAGUGAACGAAAAAACGUGGAGAUUAAGUAACCUGAUUGAAUCGCAAAGGAGUUCUUUAACAAGUGAUAAAGCUGAAGACCGCAGAAAAGCUUUAGAGUUUUUAUCCGGUGUUAUCAGCAAGUUGCCAGAAAAACUACUGCUUGGAAAAGAAGGUUGUGUUUUGUCUUUAAACUUCGUAGUGCAAUGCAUUCACCAAUUUCCAUUUGGUAGUGAGUAUUCGUUAUUCACGACAAUUUUUAGCACUAAUCAUUUGCAAGAAUUACCUCAGAAUGAUCGCUUGAAAGCACUGCAAAUCCUUCUUAAUUUACUUGAACAAGAUCGUGAAGCCUUUCUCUCGUUUAACGAUGAACUUAUUCUUGGGUUCAUCCAGUCUUCACAGGGCGAGGCAGACCCUAGAUGUCUUAUGGUGAAAGAUAAAAGUGUUAUCACACGUGACAUGCUUGUGGAAGCAUGUGAAGAAUGUCUGCUAUCUAAUCAGUUAUUUGGUUCGUUCACUUAUCAACUGAUUGUUGAAAAGAUUUUGGAUGAUGAUGUCAGAGAGCCGUUUAAAAUAGAAGUCUGUUCUUUCAUGAGUCGAGCAUGUUCCACUUUCUCUCCUGCCACUUUGCGAGAUCAAUUGGACGAUGUCUUAGGAAGCAUCCGCAUGGUAGCUUUUAAUCCUUCUAGUAAAAACGCUGGUACUUCAAUGCCGUUACCUGUGCUUAAAGCGAUAGAAGCAAUUAUUUCUUGCCUUUCAAGUGACAAGGAGGAAGGGACCCAAAGUCUUAUCGAACUUACCGACAAUCUCUUGGAAAAUUGUGAGCCGUUUGUACUUGAGGCGGAUCUGGGUCUUACGAAACGUGCUUUGGAACUAUUUGAAGCUGUUGCACGCUGUAGUAAAAUAACAUCUGGGAAAAUACUUGAAGCUGUAUUUAAGUGGCUGUUUUUAUUACUCUCAGGAACCAAGGUGCAUACAAUAACAGACCAACAAGAAGUGGUGUCAGAUUCCGUAGAGUGGCUUUUACGUUGGUGUAAAGUCGCGAUCGAAAUCGGAAAUACCGACAUGCCGCUUCAGCAUUACCAAGCGUUCAUGAAUGUUCUGCGCGACGAGCGUAGUCUCUCGAAAACAACUCAUUUCAAGUUUGCUGAGGUGGGUGAAGUCAAUGCCUUUAUUGCCACUUACUCUCUUGCAUUGUUUCAGCUGUAUCUUCCGUUGAUUAGCGGUAGUGAAUUUGACUUUUUUUGUCGAUCACUCUUUGUUGACUGCGUGAAAUAUGUCGGGGACCCUAACCUCAGGUCUUGUUUUCUCGCUUUUGUACAUGAGCUUGCACAAAGCAAAUGGAACUUUUUUGUUACCUGUCUCUCCGAACUCCUGAGCAGUAUGUCAGAUGAGGAAUCUGUUAUAGCCAUCUGUUGUGCUUCUAUUCACGACACUGAAAGUAUGGCAUUUGCGUUCCCACAUAUAGUCAGUUCAGAUAUUUUUUUAUCUCCGGUUAGGACCUCAUUCAUUUUGAGCAAUAUCUUAAAAGUUUUUCUGACGAACAAGUCGAAAGAGGCACUAUGCAUGAAUUUUUUUGAAUCUCUCGUGACGUUGCUUUGUCGAAAUUAUACUGGUAAAUGUACGACAGAAGUAGCUUCUGCCUUGCAAGACAUCGGACUAACAUUUUCAUCUAAGACUCAUAGUAAGGCUGUUCUUCAUUGUGCUGAUCUAUUGAAAGAAAGGACUGCCGUGGUUGAAAUUUUUUAUCUACUUUUUUUGCAGUGUCAGGAGGUAGAAACUUUACAAAAUAUUAUUCUCCUGCUAGGGAUGGAUGAGAUUUUCUGUAGGUAUCGGAUGUUACUUGCUACAACAAUUAUCAAUAGGGCGUCUAGUGAUCCUGAAAAAGCAGUAGACUAUUCUGCAAUCUCAAAUAAAAUAAAUUUCGAGGAAAACUUCUGGUGGAGAGGAAGAUUAUGUAAAAUGCUGUUGUUACGAAAUUAUGAGGGAGGUGUGUGUCUCCUUCAACAGCUCUUCUGUGACUUGAAUAGUGCAUUGGAUUUUCGUAGUUGCCGUGAUGCUUUGUGUGAUAUUUUGGAUUAUGAAAGUCGGGAAUCUAAUCCAGAGAAAAGCUUCUUGUUAACGAGAAAGUUCAUUAUUUUUUUGGUAGAUGCCGACGAUUGGCGUUCGAAGUGUCACAAUUUGUUGCCUCAUCUUUUGGCUUUUGCGGAAGGACUUGCACCUUAUGUUCUGGAAGAAUUUAAAAAACUUCUCCGAAUACUCCAAAGUUUAGUGGGAUCGAGUUUGGACAGUGAUGUUGAAGAAAGCGUUCUAAAGGCUUUAUCUUACCAUCUUAAUACGAAUCCUCAAUUGUUUGACGACUCGUUCAUAUGCAAAGCAACAGCCAAUUUAAAAAGCUUGGUCGUAUCUGGCAAAACCACGUUCAUUGAAGCAGCUUUUAUCCGUUAG